GAAAACCCGGUGCGCGAGCGGGGGGGAUCCGGACGCGCACCAGCGGACCGGCUACCGGAGCCUACGAGGCCGGCGCGCGCUACCCCGAGGGGCCUGUGCCCGCGCCUGACCGCAGCCACCCAGCUGGCGCGCGUUGUUGCCCGGCCCCGAUGGCCCCCGAGACCCCGGCCCAGGGGCCGACCCCGCGCUAUUUCACCUGGGACGAAGUGGCUCAGCGCUCUGGACGUGAAAAAGAGCGGUGGCUCGUGAUUGACCGAAAGGUGUACAACAUCAGUGAAUUCGUCCGCCGGCAUCCCGGGGGCUCCCGGGUCAUCAGCCACUACGCGGGGCAGGAUGCCACGGAUCCCUUUGUGGCGUUCCACAUCAACAAGGGCCUUGUGAGGAAGUAUAUGAACUCCCUCCUGAUUGGAGAGCUGUCUCCGGAGCAGCCCAGCUUUGAGCCCACUAAGAAUGUGAGACCCUGUGGUGAUGGAGGGGCAGAGGGUAGAAGACAGGCCUCCAUAUGCUCACAGAAAGAGCUGAUUCAUGAGUUCCGGGAGCUGCGGGCCACGGUGGAGCGGAUGGGGCUCAUGAAGGCCAACCCUGUCUUCUUCCUGCUGUACCUGCUGCACAUCCUGCUGCUGGACAUCGCUGCCUGGCUCACUCUCUGGCUCUUUGGGACGUCCUUGGUGCCCUUCCUCCUGUGUUCCGUGCUGCUCAGUAUAGUUCAGGCCCAGGCUGGCUGGCUGCAGCAUGACUUUGGACACCUGUCUGUCUUCGGGACCUCUAAGUGGAACCACCUGGUACAUCAUUUUGUGAUCGGUCACCUGAAGGGGGCCCCUGCCAGCUGGUGGAACCACUUGCACUUCCAGCACCAUGCCAAGCCCAACUGCUUCCGCAAAGACCCCGACAUCAACAUGCACCCCUUCUUCUUUGCCCUGGGGAAGGUCCUCUCUGUGGAGCUCGGGAAACAGAAGAAAAAGUACAUGCCCUACAACCACCAGCACAAAUACUUUUUCCUGAUUGGGCCCCCAGCCUUGCUGCCUGUCUACUUCCAGUGGUAUAUUUUCUACUUUGUUAUCCAGAGGAAGAAGUGGGUGGACUUGGCCUGGAUGAUCACUUUCUACAUCCGAAUCUUCCUCACUUACGUGCCGCUGUUGGGACUGAAAGGCUUCCUGGGGCUUGCCUUCAUGGUCAGGUUCCUGGAAAGCAAUUGGUUUGUGUGGGUUUCACAGAUGAACCACAUCCCCAUGCACAUUGACCAUGACCGCAACAUGGACUGGGUCUCCACCCAGCUCCAGGCAACAUGCAACGUCCACAAGUCAGCCUUCAAUGACUGGUUCAGUGGCCACCUCAACUUCCAGAUUGAGCACCAUCUUUUCCCCACGAUGCCUCGACACAAUUACCACAAAGUGGCUCCCCUGGUGCAGUCCCUGUGUGCCAAGCAUGGCAUAAAGUACCAGUCCAAGCCCCUGUUCUCAGCCUUCGCUGACAUUGUCCACUCACUGAAGGAGUCUGGGCAGCUCUGGCUAGAUGCCUAUCUCCACCAAUAACAGCCGCCUCCCUCUGCAAGAAGGGUUAUGGCACCAAAGCAGACGGAAGCCUGGGGGCAAUGCCACUACAAUCCUAAUAUUCAGAGGGGGUGGGUUUGAGGAGACAACAGGUUUGCACUCAAACCCCUCCCCUUUAUUUUCCAGGCAUAGAUCUAAGACCCAAAGGGGUGGGGGAAACACACAAGCCCCCUGAAAGGAGGGGUGGAGCUUCUGGGACAGGGCUGAGUCUUCUUUCUUUUUUUUUGUUUGGCAGAUGCAGGUGGCUGGUGAGCUAAGAGGGAGGCAGGAGGGUAUGGGAAUAGGGAAGGUCUACUGAGCCCAGAAAUCAGGAAGAGAUUCAGCACUGAAAUUUCACCCAGGAAGGGGAGGCGCUCAGCCCACUGGUCCACUUCUUGGUGCCUUCUCUACCCUGGCUUGCAAACCUCAAGAGGUUCACAGGCUGGAGGAAGAUAGAGCAGCUGAACCGCCUGGGCAAGAUUUAGAAUUCUGAGGCCUGGCAUAGUGCGUGGCCUGGGAGCUCAACUCACUCUAGGGCUAGGUGUGACCCAUGCCUGCUUCAGACUCUUCAAGAAGCAGUUUUUCCACUUUGAGAAGCAGGGUGGCAGAGGGGAGCAGAGGCCAGGGCUGUGCUGUUGGAGGUGUGCAGCCCUGAAGGCUGCUAACGCUACUGGAUUUGGUCUUGUGUUCCAUCUAGGGUACCAAGGGAGCCUGAGGCUGCCAGUGGAGUCGCUGGCCAUUAAAAAUCCUUUCAGCUUUUGACUGCUUCUCUUAACUAUCACCCAAGGGACAGAACACUCCUAGGAUGCAGAGUCUACUUCUUGCUCCAUAAGCAAGUUGGGCACGUGGGGCACUCAGUCUUCUCCAUAGAAACAAACUGGGGCUCCCAGUGGUUUCCCUGUACUCCCCUACUUGUAAUUCCAAAUUUAGUAAAAAUAGCAGUCAAGUGAGCACAAGUGACCAGGCCGGGGGAGAGACUGGAAUCACUAAUCGUGAUGAAAACACAAGAGUUCAGUCACAAAGAACAUAAUGGCUCUAAGAGAUUUUCUAUAACAAAUUAUGUUACAGCAUCACUUUUGAGCAGGGGCAUUGCUCAAAAUGACUUAGUUCUUAUCAGAAAUAGGAAGAUAAAAAACAGAAGUCUGACCAUCAUGGCUGUCCUUUAGAAUCCUUACUCUGGCAACUAUGUUCAAGUGUCUCUCUCUGCUGGAGACCAGGUAGGAAUUUAGGAGAAUCUCUUAAAAGUGUAUCAGUCUAACACUGAAAUACAAUUUUUUAAUCCCGUUUCCCCCCCCCCCCCCCCCCCCCAAAAAAGAUUGAAAACAGUUUAACCCAUCUCUAGAGAGGGAAUGCCGGGACUGUGCCCCACAGGUUAUCAGCAUUCACAUCCCCACCCCCACAGCCUUUCAGUUCAGGUGAUAUCAAUUCACCUGUUCAACAGCAUCUUCUCUAAGCAUACUGAGUAUUCUGGACACUGGAAAGAGAACCUUAAACUAGAAGAAAAAAGCAGAGACCUGGGAGCAUUCGUAUUUAGUUUAGGAAGAGAAUGGCGAAGAGAUGAGAGUGAUAAUCAGGGCGAUGAAGGGCCUAGGGCAUGUUGGGGUGGGGUUAGAGGCACCACCUAACAGGGUUUGCAGUUACUUAAAAUAGACUUUUACAUACACACACACACACACACACAGGAAACCAGGUUACAGAUUUUAGAUCUUUUCCAUUGGGGCAGAACAACUGAGAAGCAGAUUGGAGAGUCUGCUUUCACUGGCUCUUCACUCUAGAAUAGGUUCUAAACCUAGCCUAUUAGGCCACCUGGCUUUGGGCCCAGGCUGCCCAAUCUGAGCAAAGCUAGUGGGUCUUACUGAGCCAAGUCCAGGUCCUCAAAGCACUUCAACCACUGUGGCCUUCUCCCCUUAUUCUGGCCCAGUGUGGUCUCACAUGGCCACAAAGGGACAGACGAGUAACAAAAAGCUCAGAGCUGCAAGAUAACAUGAGAGAUCUCACAAUGACAGGAUCCACACCAUGACAGGAGAAAACAGGAUGAGAGAGGAUACAUUGCCUCUCUGGUCAUAGAUGUGGCAGCACUAACAUUUGAACUCACUUUUUAACAACUCCAACUUCUAGGCUGUCUUGUUACUUUCCUCUUCCUACCACUCUGCCACAGGCCUUUUAAGUAGACCCUGUUGUCAGUAUCCUUUUUGUGUGUACCAGUGUUGUUACCAUGUGCCGAUGAAAUCAAACUGAGAAAUAAAAGUUAAUUUGACCAAA